UCAAAUAAAUUUUUCAAUAACAAUAAUUUUUAGCACUUCUACUCAUGAAUAUAUGCUCAUAUGCUACCCUGAAUGCAGUUAACAUUUUGCAUUAUAGUUCUGAGUGGACCAAUGCUUCCUCAAACAAUUUUUGCCAUCUAUCUCUAUCCGAUGUCAAGUUUUUCUAAUCGCUCAUAAGUAAUUUCAUUAAAUGGUCUUUUGCAUUAUUUAGCUAACUCUUUCUAAAUAUGUGUCUUCUUCGAGAUCCAAUUAGGUUUCUUAAAAGUGCUUGUUUUGGUGAUCGCUCUCGGUUCAUGCGCUGAUCGUCUCCUAGCUAUCUUAGUUUUUGUAACUUGUCGAUUGAAUUCUCUAAUUCGUAGUUGUAGAGAAUACGAUAUGUGCUAUCAUCUAGACCUAUUGUGACAAAAAUAUAUUUAUAACAAUAAUUGAUUCUGAAAAAUUUUCUUCCAUAUGACUUUCUGAGAUGUUAACAUACCGAACGUAGCAUACCAAAUUAAUUUAUAUUAGUGGAAUAAUUCACAAUGACUUGAUUUGAGAACUCUUUCAUAUUGUAGAGUAAAUAAAUAUUGUAAAACAAGUGCUCCCUGCAGCUAAUAGAUUUAUUAAAACAACAAAGUCGUAGUGAACAUUAGACUUUUCGUUAUCUAUUUGCAGCAACUGCGGAUUUUUAAAAUUAUAAUUUAAUUUAAUUAAUUUAAUUUAAAUUAAUCUCAAUUAAUUUAGUGAAUUAACUUCGUUAUAAAAAUGUCACUUAAACAGCUUGUGGAGGGUGAUUGUGGUGGAGUCAAUCCACUGAUGCAGCUUGGACAGCAGUUCACUCGCGAUGCUGCACGUAGAGAUGAGGGAUUCAUGCAACCUGGCUUUGAACGGCGUAUGCACCCAAAUGAACAAAUGGUUAAUGAGUUCCUUGGACACGUAACAGCACCGCCACAAUCCUUUCAAAUGGAGACGCUGAUACAGGAAAUGCGUGAGAUUGAAAAAGGCAACACUGGUGCAAUUGCAUUUAAUGCUGCUCCGCGUGUUAUUGAUGAAGUUACAGGACAAUGGGCUAAGGAAUAUACACAAGGACAAAGUCAAAUGUUACAUAUGCAACCGCAACAACAACAAAUAACGCAUGUACGUGAAUUUUUCGAAACAAAUCCAAGUAGUGCAAUGCAAAUGGGCUAUGGCAGCACGACAUAUAGACCAUAUGUGCCAAUGCUACCACCGCCACAGCAGCAGAGUUUUGGGCCAACUGCACAAUUUUUCGAACAAUGCGAGGCACAAGAAAAAGCCGUUGAGGCUCAAUCCAAGUCAAUAGCAGGGAACUGGUUUGACGAGUACGAACAAAGUAAAGAACAAAAUGAGAAAGCGAGUGCUGAUUAUAAUGAGAACUUCUGGCAACAUUUACAGGAUGAAUGGCAAAAACUUUCAGAUAAAACUGAACAUCCUUGGCUGUCAGAAUUAGAUGAAAACUAUGAUCCAUAUAAAGAGUAUCAAUUCACCGAGGACAAUCCUAUGGCACAACUGGAAAAUGCUUUUGAAAAAGGAUUAGAGUAUUUGUCUAAGGGUGAUAUACCUAGUGCAGUGCUCUGCUUUGAGGUGGCAGCACAAAAGGAUCCCGAAAACGCUGAAAUUUGGGAACAUUUGGGAUUAACGCAAGCAGAAAAUGAGAUGGAUCCACAAGGUAUAGCGGCUUUAAAACGUUCCUUAGAUAUAAGAUCGGAUAAUAAACGGGUGCUAAUGGCGCUCGCUAUUUGCUAUACGAACGAAAGCUUACAGAGUCAAGCACUUAAAAUGAUUACGAAGUGGCUACAAAUCAAUCCGAAAUAUAAACACUUAAUUGAACAACAUCCAGAAUUUCAAGCCGAAAAUGAGGCUAUAGCAUCUUCACUGAUUCGCGGUAAUAAAUUAGUAGAAUUACAGAAUGUAUUUCUCGAAGCAGUGCGCUUGAAUCCAAGCGAAAUAGAUCCAGAAGUGCAGGAAGCAUUGGGCGUACUUUAUAAUUUAUCUUCUGAAUUUGAUAAGGCAGUUGAUUGCUUUAGUGCGGCUCUCUUUGCAGACCCACAAAAUGCGAAAAUUUGGAAUCGUUUAGGCGCAAGUUUGGCAAAUGGUUCACGUUCCGUGGAAGCGGUAGAAGCAUAUCAACAUGCUUUGCAACUACAACCAGGAUUUAUAAGAGUACGCUAUAAUGUGGGCGUAUGCUGUAUGAAUUUAAAAGCCUACAAACAGGCUGCGGAACAUUUAUUAACCGCUCUCAACAUGCAAGCUAAUUCAGCGGUUCUUAAAGAACUCCCAGCUGUAGCGAGUUCUGUGACAAGUGGCCAGCAUCAAAUGUCAGAAUCUAUAUGGAGCACUUUAAAAAUGGUAAUAUCACUUAUGGGACGAUAUGAUUUACAGGAUGCAGUGAAUAAUCGAAAUUUAGACAUUUUAAAUGAUGCUUUCAAAGAAUGAACACAUUGCUCCAAGUCUAUAGUUUCAAUGUUAGGGGACAGAUAUAUAUACAACAUUCUGGUUUAAAUAUUUAUAUGUUUAUAUAGAGACAAUCUUUUGUAUUGUAAAUAAUUUUAA